AUGUUUCCGCAUCAUAGCCCAAUUGUUACGAUAGAGAUAUUAACGUUUCUUCUACUCUCACCUCUGUUUACUUCAUUCAUGUCUCAUAAUUAUGCAUUUGGAAUCAAUUGUGAACGUCAUUUUUACCAUGAUACGAUGCCACGAACCAAUCUCAAUGCCGUCAAAUCCGAUUACGUAUCCCCGAUACUCGAUCGCCCCGUAAAGAGGGUCAUCCGCGCAAACCGGUUCUUUUUCAUGAGCAUGUUUUAUUUUUUCGAUCCCCCUCCAAGUUUUUUUCAUCAUGACUUUGUGAUUGCCGAGCUAUUUCCGUGCGCCUCCGUUGCUCCGGCGGCGUGUGCGGGACCUGCGGCGAUCGGCGGGCGGUGUGCUUGUCUCUGA